AUGAUGGGAUCGGCAGAGGCUGCCUCUUCGCCUGCGUUCCCUUUUCUGGACCCGAUUGUUGUUGACGACGAGAUGGGCAACCCUUACCAGGACACAGAUAUGGACUUUCUAGAUACUGCCAGGCUACAGAUGUCGGCAGAAAAUGCAGGGAGGGACUUUGAUGACUUGUUUUCGCGCGCCACUUCGUCCCGCCCAGUUACGGAAUCGGAGCCGUCGUGUCUGUCGCCAUCGGAAUUGUCCCUCAAACGGUCAUAUCAAGACCAAGAUGCGCUGCGACAAGUGAAUGUUGUGUCAUCUGACUCACCCGCCGAAUCUCCAGACGGUUCUUCUCCCAGUUCCUCCUCCACAUCGCCGCGAAACCACCUCCGAAACCCGUCGGUCACCUCGUCCGCAUCGGUUGUUCAUAGCGAAAACACCGUGAUGCCCUUUGGAUAUGCGACGGAGGAUUGGAUGAACCCGGACCUGGCAUCAGUGAAGGAGGAAUCGCUCUUCGGUCUUGAUCUCUCCUUGCCAACUCUCGAUGGCGCUUUCCCCACAGAUACCGACCUCGAGUCGAGUAACAAGGCCAUGGAUGCCGCUUUCGACUUCGAGAGUGCUGCUAGUAGCCCCAGCCCUCUGAAAUCCGAGUCUGCGCCCCAGCCAAAGUUUUCGAAGAGAUCGAAAUCUCAGUUCAGGAGUGUUUCUGGUGCCUCAGCCAGACACUCCGCUUCGUCGAUCCCUGGGCCAUCUUUUUUCCCUCGCAGUACGAAGGAGCCUUCGCCCUUUUCGGUUUCGAGAAGUUUUGGGCAGGCGAAGUCGCCGUUGGGUCCAUGGGGAGGUCAUUCGCCUUCAUCGCUUUUGGAAGAAAGCUUCGGUGGGAUCAACAUGAAUGGUGGCUCUCCGCUCACCCCGGGACUCAACUUCGGACCGAGUAGCUUCCCCUUUGGCGUAAAUUUCGCACCAUCACCUUCCCCAAGUGCGAUGAAGCAGGAAACGACUCAACGCCACAUCUUGACUGUGCAUCCCACCUCGCUCAAAUCGCGCGUGGAAACUCAGAUCCCAAUCAGACUGACACUCUUUCCAUUGCCGAACGGUGUCAAGAAGUUGCGCUUGCCAAGCCACACUAUCUCAAAACCGAAAUUCCUUGCACCGCCAACCGUUGAACGAUCGCCGGAGAUUGUGGAGUUGCACACAAGUCUUGUCUGUACAAGCGCAAUGCAAGACCAAGAGAAGCUGAAAAAGGCAUUUGCAAGAGCCAGGAGCGAAAAUGCUUACCGUUCGUCCAGCGCUAGCCCACGUUCCGCCGAAGAUAUACAGGAAGACGACAAGCCGUUGGAUGGUGGAGAAGUGAAAAUCUGUCCUGGUUGUAUUCAGCGUGAACGGAAGCGGGCAUUCCGGAAAAAACAACGAAAGCCGGAGGAGGAUGAACUUUUCCAAAAGGAUGAGGAGAAGAGGGUGAUUGUCUUCAACACCAAUGAAGUUAAGGAAUGGGCCGAGCCGUCGAAGAAUGCUAUUCCAGGCUAUGGAGACGCCCCGAUGCCGAAUAUCCCUCCAGGGGCUAUGCAAGUAGAAUUGCCGAUGCGGAUCGCAUGCUACUGCAGACAUCAGAAUGAGAAGCUCGGGUUUCAGGUUAUAUUCACCGUCAAGGAUUACAAAGAUAACGUCAUCGCUCAGGCGAUAACGAACUCGAUCAUGAUUACAGAUGACCACAAGACCCAUGCUCCUCCCGCUCCACCUGCUCCUGGCCCCUCCCCCUCUUUACCUGAUGGGACACAGCUGCCGGGCGUUGGUGUGUUCCCGUCGAGCCCGAGCGUUGAUACAGGCAAAUCAUCGGCUCCCUCGCAACAAGCGGCUCAGUCGUCUUCGGCCACGGACUUGCAGGGGCUCCAGCAAAGAUUCAACACUCAAUAUCAGAUGACGUCCAACUCCUUCGCUGUGUCACAGCCCUCAACGAACGGGACAAAUCCUAACUCACAGACCCCGCGGAGUCUUUCGCGACAAACGUCACCGAAUGACUUCCAAGGGCCGAUGAGCAAGCGCCGCAAGCACAGCAACUCCGGGAGAUUGCCGUCCGAACUCACUAUGACGAAACUGGAAAAUACACAGUCAUCUGCCAGCGUUUCCAACUCUUCGGCUCCGAACAACGAGCCACAAUUUUCCAGCUCCCGUGGUUUCGCAUCUCCAAUAGAGAGGCCGUUUGUGACGACUUCUGCUUUAUCCAACCAAUUCUCUAACGGACCGCCGACUCCGAACGGCGCCGAUUCAAACCCGUUCCUGAACACUAUGCAGCAACAGAGUUUAGACAACUUUAUCCAACAGCAAUUGAUGUCUGCGCCGAACUCUGCUCAACCAAGCCGCCCCGGAACACCCGGUGGUUCUUCGCGGAACAACUUCCAGGACCCAAGUUUCAACCUCUCUUUGGGACCCACCCCGUCCACCCCAAUGUGGCCGCCCCUUAGCAAUGCAGGUAACCGGCUUCCUUCGGUCAUCCACAAAUUGGUUCCUGCGGAGGGCUCCAUCACGGGAGGCACGGAGGUUACACUAUUAGGCAGUGGCUUUUAUCCUGGCAUGGAAGUUGUUUUUGGCGACACUCUUGCCACUACCACCACGUUUUGGGGUGAUAAGUGUCUCAAUUGCUUGACACCGCCUGCACUCCAACCCGGACUUGUGGCGGUGGUAUUCAAACACGAACAUCCCACAUUCGGUCAGAUGCAGCCGGCUCAACCUCUGAUGCCAAAGCAACAACAGUUCUUCCGUUAUGUCGACGAUCGGGAGCUGCAAAUGUAUCGCCUGGCUCUCGGCAUUCUUGGCCAGAAACUUGGCAGUCAAGCAGAUGCAUUCCAGACGGCUCAGCAGAUCAUGGGCAGUGAUAUGAAAGGCGUCUUCAACCUACAAAAGGACUUCCAAGGAGGGUCCGGUGGUCACCAGCGGCAGGCUGCUGGGUUGGAAUCGCAAGUUAAACUGAGCGACCUUGAUUCAAGAAUGUGGAAAUACCUGGAAUUUGUCGACCUCGACGACAGUCCCCGCCCGCCCAGAUACAAUUCGCGGUCUGCGACAGGGCAGACUCUGCUUCACUUUGCGUCAUCACUGGGGUUGACACGAUUUGUGGCUGGUCUGCUUGCUCGAGGUGCCAAUCCGGACUUGCAGGAUAACACCGGGAACACGCCGAUGCAUUUGGCGGCUUUGAAUGGUCACGCGCAUAUCGUGAACAGGCUCCGUCUCGCGGGGGCCAACUCCAAUGCCCGUAGUAUUAGGGGCUUCACCCCAGCAGACCUUGCUACAACGUUGCCAGCUCAUCAAGCUGCCCUGAUACCUGCACGCCAUUAUCGCUCACGCAGUGUUGGGUCUUUGUCCUCUUCGCGGCGCAGACACAGCAGUUCCGCAUCCUUGCAUUCGCUCUGGGAAUCCUCCUCUGUGUCGGGCUCCUUCGACCAUGCCGUUGAAGAUUCGGAUGAUUCCGAGGACGAGGAUGACGUGAUCGACUAUACCGUAUCACGACGGUCAAGUAUGCAUCACGAGCGACCAGGAUCGAUCCCUACGCCGGAGCAGGCAGCACAAACCGACGACGCGCGACCGUUUUCGCCUCCCGCAGCGCUGGUUGCUUGGCGUAACCAACUCCAAGCCCAGAUCAAUCAGUUCCAGCAAAGCGUGGCCAACGCGUUCCCCAACCUUCCAGCUCUGCCGCCCAUGCCCGCUUUACCUGACUACCAGGCUCAUCCGAUGAUGCGUCGCAUUACGAAUCUUGUCCCACAUCGGCCGAGCACAGCGCGGUCGGCCAAAGAUGGCUGGUGGGAUAUGCUGACAGGCAAUUCGGCCCCCACUGGCACAGAGCUUCCGUCCUACGAAGAGCUCUAUCCCCACAAAGAGACCGAAGAUGAGGAGCAAGAAGCGCGCUUGAAGAAGUCGAGCAUGCUACAAGCCGCGACCGAGGCAGCUCUCGACCAACAUUUCGAAGCGCUGGCCAGCACCUCGGAGGUCUCGCGGGCCAAACCAGAGAGCGAAGAUAUCAAAGACAUACGGAUUGGUCGCAAGGUGAUAUCUCGUGAACAGCAAAAACACCUCAGGGAGCAGCAAGCGCGGAGGAUGAAGGGUCUUGGCAGCGAUCGGAAUCUGUACUUCAUAUGGAUUCCGCUCCUGCUGUUGGUGAUUUGCGCCUGGGUUCGGAGUUACGUCCCGGGCAUCUGGGAGGGGUUUUCUAGCGGUUAUGAAUUCGUCAAGGCCCAAUAUGCGCAGCGCGCGAUAGAAGCUGGCCGUUGA